GGCGCGCGGCGGGGAGGAGGUUCUCUCCCGGCUGUUGUAAACAGAGUCUGUCCCUGUGCCAACCUGGAGCGGGGAGAUCAGUAUAAAUAAGAGGACCUGCGCUCAGUCCUUACAAAAAGAGCUUCCCAGUCUCAGUCUCUUUAUAUUGCAACUAGAACGGAACAAGACAACCCGUAUUUUGAAAAGUCGACGUAGGUUUGGUUGGAGUCCUUGUCCCUUUUUUUUUUUUGGAUUUGAAGCAACUCAAGUAACAUCUAUCUUUUCGCAUCGCCCCGGCAAGCGGUGCGCUCUUGGUCUCAGAGCCACAGGUGUACAGUAUUUACAAGAAGAGAAGAAUUGUGACAUUUUGUCGGUGCCCUGGACAGUACAGGAGGGAGGCUCCGCUGUCUCGGUGCCUUGAAACACAUGCAAGAGCUUGAAUUCCAUUUCUGUGCAAGAUCACACUCGGCGGCGUGAAAAUGAGGCUCUGCAUCGCAAUACUUCUUGCAGUACUUAUCCCCAGUUAUAAAGCUGCUUGUCCACAUGAAGAUACAGAACUUCAGAUGUGGAAUCCUGGUCAUAAUGAAGCCCACCAUGUCUUCAUUGGAAAUGGCAGGCAGCUUCUUCUCAGCUCCUCUGCCACUGUCCACUCCAUACGGAUCUCUGAUGGAGGAAAGCUUGUGGUGGCUGACACCAAGCAGCCAAUCGUUCUGCGAACCAAACAUAUUCUCAUUGCAAAUGAAGGGGAGCUUCACAUUGGCAGUGCAGACUGCCCCUACAAAGGCAACUUCACCAUAGUCCUAUACGGAAGGUCUGAUGAUGUAGAUGCUGAACACAGCUAUUUCGGUCGCAAGUAUAUCGGUGUUGGCACAGGAGGCACGCUGGAGAUUCACGGGGAAAAGAAAAUAGCUUGGACAUUUUUAAACAAAACCCUUCACCCAGGAGAGACGAAUGAGGACAGCUAUCAAUUUGAAAAGAGCUGGGGGAACCGAGGCAUUAUUGUACAUGUCAUCGACCCUCAGACUGGGGAGGUGUUGCACUCUGACAGGUUUGAUACUUACAAGAGCAAGGAUGAAAGCCGACGCCUGGCCCAGUAUGUGGACUUGGUAGAAGAUGGCAUGAUUUUGGCUAUGGUGGUCAACGAUGAGGGUUCCAAUAACCUCGAAGACUUGGCCAAGAAGAGUUUGGCAAAGCUAGGCAGCAGGCAAUUCCAUCAACUCGGAUUUCGGUACCCCUGGAGCUUUAUUACAGUCAAGGGAGACGUCUCCUCAUCUGUCGAGGAUCAUGCCCCCUAUCAAGGAACCAAAGCCUCAUCGGAAGCCAAAACAUCAAAGGUCUUCCAGUCUGCAUAUGGAGAACACUUUACUGUCACGGCAACAAGCCAGUGGAUUCAAGGAUCUGAAUGGACAGAGUGGUUUGACCGUGAUGAUGAAAGGGGCUCUGGAGACUGGGAAAAGCUGGCUGACCUCCGAAAUGCUUUCCCUGACAAAAUCUGCGCCAACCCCCUGGAUAUUGAGGCAGCCACUCACGAUGGAAUCGCUUCCAAUCUGACAAAUGAGGUUUUCCACAAGAUUGACAAGGAUUACGGAUUUGUGUGUCUUAAUAAAGAUCAGCCCAAUGGGAUCUGCAACAACUACAAAGUGCGCUUUCUCUGCGGAAAGCUUGUGAAGCCCCAGGCAUCUAUAACAAUCGAUACCCACUCCAACACCACGAUCCUGGAGCUGGCUGAUGACAGCAGAACCUGGAAGGCAGGAGACACCAUUGUGGUGGCCAGCACGGACUACUCCAUGUACCAGGCAGAGGAGUUCACCCUCCUGCCCUGCCCCGGCUGUAUGGCCAACCAGGUCCGAGUGCAAGGCAAACCCGUGUAUCUGCAUAUUGGGGAGGAGGUGGAUGGGGUUGACAUGCGAGCUGAGGUGGGGCUCCUGACCAGAAAUAUCCUGAUAAUGGGGGAGAUGGAGACCAAGUGCUAUGGAAAUGAUGCCUGCAAGUUCUUUGACUUCGACACCUUUGGAGGGCAUUUAAAGGUGGAGCGUGGCUUCAAGGCGGCCCACAUCGCAGGGGUGGAGUUGAAACACAUGGGGCAGCAGUCCAUGGGCCACUACCCCAUCCACUUCCACAUGAACGGAGACGUGGACGAGAAAGGAGGAUAUCACCCCCCCACCUCUGUGGAGGGCGUCUCUGUCCAUCACACGUUCUCCCGCUGCGUCACCGUGCACGGCUCUAACGGCCUGCUGGUUAAGGACGUGGUUGGCUACAAUGCCCUAGGGCACUGCUUUUUCACGGAGGAUGGCCCUGAGGAGAGAAACACUUUUGACCACUGCCUGGGACUCCUUGUGAAGGCUGGAACCCUCCUGCCUUCUGACAGAGACAGUAAGAUGUGUCGUGACAUCACUGACGGAGCUUACCCUGGCUAUGUCGCCAAUCCGAGACAGGACUGCAGUGCUACUUCCACUUUCUGGAUGGCUAACCCUAAUAACAACCUCAUCAACUGUGCAGCUGCAGGCUCUGAGGAGACUGGGUUCUGGUUUAUUUUCCACCACGUGCCCACUGGCCCUUCAGAAGGAAUGUAUGCGCCAGGACGCACAGAGCACACUCCUCUGGGACAGUUCCGAAACAACAGGGCACAUUCCAACUACAGGGCUGGCAUGAUCCUGGACAAUGGUGUGAAAACCACAGAGGCCAACGCCAAGGACAAGAGACCCUUCCUGUCCCUCAUCGGAGCAAGAUACAGCCCUCACAAGGACUCGGACCCCUGCAAGCCCAGGGUGCCAGCGCUGAUCCAUCGUUUCAUCGCCUUUAAGAACCAGGACCACGGCGCAUGGCUGCGUGGAGGGGAUGUGUGGCUCGAUGCCUGCCAAUUUGCAGACAAUGGAAUUGGCCUUACUCUCGCAAGUGGAGGGACUUUCCCCGAUGAUGACGGCUCCAAGCAGGAGGUGAAGAACUCCCUGUUUGUUGGGGAGAGUGAGAACAGAGGGAUGCCCAUGCCUGACAGCCGAAUCUGGGGACCUGGGGGUCCCGACUCGAAUGGCAGGACCCUCCCAAGAGGAGUGAACUUUCCUAUCCGCGGAAUGCAGAUCUAUGAUGGACCAAUCAAUGUCCAGAACUGCACUUUCCGCAAAUUUGUUGCCCUGGAGGGGCGUCAUACCAGCGCCUUCGGCUUCAGGCUCAACAACUCCUGGCAGAGCUGCCCCAAUAACAACGUCUCUGACAUCACAUUCGAGGAUGUCCCUAUCACAUCCCGAGUCUUCUUCGGAGAGCCAGGCCCCUGGUUCAACAAGAUGCAGAUGGAUGGAGACAAGACAACAGUUUUCCAUGAUACGGAUGGCACAGUGAGCGAGUACCCGGGGGCCUUUCUGGUGAAGGAGGAUAACUGGCUCCUCCGGCACCCGGACUGCAUCGAUGUGCCUGACUGGAGGGCAGCGAUCUGCAGUGGCCGUUACGCACAGAUAUACGUUCAAGCUCAUAACCCUGCUAACCUGAAUAUGAAGAUAGUGAAGGAUGAAUAUCCUGAGCACCCCCUGGAACUGAUGGGUGCACUGGGAAAGAAGAGCCAUUACCAGCAGUACCAGCCUGUAGUGACACUGGCCAAGAGCUACACUUUGCACUGGGACAAGCCUGCCCCUGCAGAGGUCACGGUCUGGCUCAUCAACUUCAACAGGAAUGACUGGAUCAAAGUGGGAUUUUGCUAUCCUAAAGGAACAACUUUCACUAUCAUCUCUGAUAUUCACAACCGUCUCAAAAAACAAACUCGAAAAACCGGGAUUUUCAUGAGAACUUUCCAAAGAGAUAAAAUAGACCACAGCCACUCGGUGCAUGGCUACUAUUACUGGGAGGAGGACACGGGGCUUCUCUUCCUGAAGCUCAAAGCUCAGAAUGACAAGGAGAAUUUGGCAUUCUGCUCAGUGAAGGGCUGUGAAAGGAUUAAAAUCAGGGCUGUGAUCCCUAAGAACAGUGGCCCCAGUGAUUGCACUGCGAAAGCAUAUCCCAAAUAUGCUGAGAUGCCCAUUGUAGACGUCCCAAUGCCAAGGAAGCUGCCCAACACCCAGCUGCACUCCAAGGACCACUUUCUGGAAAUGAAGCUGCAGUCUUACAACACCCGUUUCUUCCACAUUAAGGAUGACUUUGCUUAUGCGGAGAUUAACGGGAAGAAGAUCUACCAGGCUGAUGAUGGGGUGCAGCUGACUGUCAUUGACAGUCACUACGGGAAGGUUCUAGACAGCAAAUCGUUUCGAAAUUCCAUUCUUCUGGGGAUCCCUGCCCACAUUGAGAGCUACAUAGCCAACAUCAAAACGGAUUGCAUAGUGUUGAUGACAUCCAAAGGAAGGCUUGUCUCUAGAGGACCUUGGACUAAAAUACUUGAAACACUUGGAGCGGACAGAAACGUUAAACUAAAAGACAAGAUGGUGUUCGUGGGGUUCAAGGGGGACUACAGGCCUGAGUGGGUGAGACUGGUCACGGAUGACGAGGUGGCUAAAAUCCACCAGGUGGUGCCGAUCCCUGUGGUGAAGAAAAUGAAGCUCUGAGGAACAGGGGGUGAGGGGGGAUACUGCAUUCCUGCUGUCAGCACUGCCUGAGCGGACUGUGCGAGGGAGCACUAGCGGAAACACAGAGGACUACUGACUUCUACCAACGUGGAGCUCCUGCUCACACUGGCUCGCUAUCUUCCCAAGCUCGUUCUGUUGUACCUGACAAAUGUUGACGUAAGUGAUUCGACUGUAACGUGUGUGAUGAAUAUACUUGACUUCAAGAAAACAAAAACAUUCCGUCUUUGACAAAAUGAUGUGGUGUUAACCCCAGUCCCAUUCCACCUUUUUCCAAGGGGGGGUGGGUGAAACUCUGUUUUUAACAGUGAGUGUAGAGUCUGUUUGUUUUUUUUUGUUAUUUCCACACUGCUUUCAUAUAAGAGUUUUUUGGUCCAUUUCUCUUUUAUUGUGUACCAGCGAGAAAUUGAAAUAAAAAGCAACUUCCUUCAAUUUAAUGUACGCACUAUGAAAAAAGGUAAUUGAUAUAUUUUGCCUAAAAAAACUGCUUCUGUUUAGUGAAUUGAAUUGAGUCACUAUUCAAUCUAGAACCAUUGGCCAAUUUCUCAAUUAGGUAUCAACAGGCUACUAGUUUUCCUAUUGCCGAAAUAGCUGGUCUUUUUUCGGAGAUCGUAGUUGUUAGUGUUUUUGUAUGUUAAAUGUGUUUCUAAAAUGCUUCAGAUUGAUAACAGAGAUAUAUUUUCUACUUAUUUAUUGUACAGGCACAAUGGAACAAAUUUAGAAGGGACAUCGUUUGAGUUGUAAUGUAUUUGCUGUGUAAUUGUCCUAGCUGUAAAAACUGAUGCAAGCACACAAUGAUGUACCAGUACUCAGACUAGUGUAUAAAUAAUAUCAUGUAGAAAUAUUGUUUUAUGCAGUAUGUUGGCUGGAUAUAUAGUAAUUGUGAUGUAAACAUGGACAUUCUUUUCAGAUCUGUUAAAUCACAUACCUUUUGUAAAACAAACAACCAACAAAUACAAAAUGAUGUAGCGUUUUUGGUAAUACCAUAUAUGUACAGUGUUCUCAAUAAAGUGUUUCAGCAAACAUCUGCUG